AACCCUGCAGAGUCUUUUUGCUAGCUUUUUCAUCCAAGAGAGUAGGGAGUCGCUCUCACACGCUCGCAGACGCAUCUCACACGUGCCAACAAUGGUCAAGCUCGCGUUCGGUAGCAUCGGCGACUCGUGCAGCCUUGGGUCCUUCAAGGCUUACCUGGCCGAGUUCAUCUCGACCCUUCUCUUCGUUUUCGCCGGAGUCGGGUCCGCAAUCGCUUACAAUAAGCUGACAUCAGAUGCGUCGCUGGACCCUGCUGGCCUCGUGGCCGUUGCACUGGCCCAUGCAUUCGCGCUGUUCGUAGGGGUUUCCAUGGCGGCCAACAUCUCGGGUGGCCAUCUGAAUCCAGCUGUCACCUUCGGAUUGGCUAUUGGAGGCUACAUCACCAUCCUAACUGGCAUCUUCUACUGGAUAGCCCAGUUGCUGGGGUCCAUCGUCGCCUGUUUCCUCCUCAAAUACGUCACAAGCGGCAAGUCGAUCCCUACUCACGGCGUGGCUGCGGGCAUGAACGCAUUUGAAGGGGUAGUGAUGGAAAUCAUUAUAACGUUCGCGCUCGUGUACACCGUCUACGCCACGGCCGCCGAUCCGAAGAAGGGUUCGCUCGGGACCAUUGCGCCCAUCGCAAUCGGGUUCAUAGUCGGGGCUAACAUCCUCGCAGCGGGUCCAUUCAGCGGCGGGUCCAUGAACCCGGCCCGAUCCUUCGGCCCGGCUGUUGCCAGUGGAAACUUCUCACAGAACUGGAUCUAUUGGGUGGGCCCGCUCAUUGGAGGUGGCCUGGCCGGUCUUAUCUACGGCGACAUUUUCAUUGGCUGCUACACACCACUCCCUGUUUCUGAAGACUAUGCUUAGAUUUUUUUUUUCUUUUUUUUUUUUCUGAGUUUGGGCUUUUCUCAAAAUAAGGUGUAGAUUAUAAAAAUUUCAUGUUAUUCUCCUUUCUCUCUCUUUGCUGCGUCUUCGCUAGAAACGUGCGGGAGAUCCUGUCCAUUCAUUAGGUGGGGCGAAUGUUUGGAAAGACAAUCACCAAUGUGCUAGAUUAAACGUUCAUGUGUGGCUGUAACUCUUUGAUCUUCCUACAUUGAGGGCAGACAUAACACAGGAUGGAAUUGAAUGGUUA